CGUCUCCAGGAGCCACUGGGUCGUUUACACACAGACACCAAGUCGUGUUUCCACGUCACCGUUGUGAAGAUCUUUGGACGACUUCCUCACAAUGGAAAGAUCGAAUUUCUCCACCAAAUACAAGGAGGUCGUCUCUAAAAGUCAUCUGAUCCAACCAGGAUCUCCUGCUGUCUACCAGCUAAAGCUAAAAAAGGAGGAGCUCGGACCCCUGACUAAAGUCACCUUUGGUAAAAGAAACAUCAGCAAGAUGAACAAAACCAUCCUGCUUGUUGGAGAAUCAGGGGCUGGAAAAUCAACGCUUAUCAACACCAUGGUGAACUACACCAUGGGAGUCAAGUGGGAGGAUAAAAUCUGGUUUCAGAUUGUAGAGGAGGAUGGAAGGAGUCAGUCUGACAGCCAGACAUCAGACGUGAUCGUGUACGAGAUCUUUGGCUUUGAAGGUAAAUCUCUGCCGUUCUCCCUCACCAUCAUCGAUACGCCUGGAUUUGGAGACACCAGAGGGAUUGAAUAUGAUGUCAUAGUCAGUCACAGGUUGUUUGACUUGUUCCGAUCAGAAGAUGGAGUUCAUGAGAUUCAUGCGGUGGGUUUGGUGAUGAAGGCUACAGACAAUCGUGUUAAUGACAGACUUUCAUAUGUCCUGAACUCAGUGAUGUCUCUCUUUGGAAGAAACCUAGAGAACAACAUUGUUGCUCUUCUCACUCACUCAGAUGGUCAGAGACCCAGAAAUGCCAUUGAAGCCCUCGAACACACAAAAAUCAAAUGUGCCAAGAAGGAAAAGAACCAGCCUGUUUACUUCCUGUUUGAUAACUGCCAGAGUGAAGACCGAACAGAAGAAGAAGAAGCAGAGUUCCUGCAAAUGGCAGACAGGAUUUCAGACAGAGGAAUGAGAGGACUCGCAGGAUUCCUGGACAAAACUGAACCUAAAAGACUGAUGACCACUGCUGAGGUGUUGAAUGAGCGCAUCAGCCUGAUGGCCUCGCUCCAAAACCUCCAGGAGAGAAUCCAGCUGACUGAGGAGAAACAGAAGGAGAUCAAUAGGAUCCUAGAAGCCAUAAGGAAACAUUCAGAGGAGAUGAGGAGGAAUAGAAACUUCACUGUGGAAAUUACAGAAGUCUACAAGGUGAAGGAACUCACUGCAGGUAGGAGGUUGACGAGGCUCAGUUUGUUUGAAAAAGCCAUGUGCUGCACAGUGUGUGAGGAAAACUGCCACUAUCCUGGAUGUUCACUGAUUCUGAGUCCACAACACUGUGAGGUCAUGAAAAGAGGCCGCUGCACCGUCUGCACUGGGAAGUGUCCUGCAGCGGCUCACGUGAGAGAAGCCUGGAGGUACGUGAACAAGACCAGAAGGGUUCAGUGGACUCUGAAAGCCAUGGAGGAGAAGUACAUGAAGAACAAGACAGAUUGUGAGAAGAAGUUGAGCCUUUUGAAACACCUGGAAAAGGAAAUGAAGGACCUUUCAGCAGAGAAGUCCCAACUUGUUGAUGAGGCCUUCAAACAUGUUGUCAGACUGGAGCAGAUCGCCCUGAAGGUGGAUUCGGUUUCUACGUUUUUGUACUUGGACUUUCUGAUUGAGAAGCUGAGAGAAAAAGGAGACGGAGGGAAGGUGCAGAAACUGGAGGAGAUGAAGAGCAGACAGGAUGAAGGGACUAAACUAGCCCUGCAGUAUGUGUGGGGACCAAGAAUCCCACUCUGACCAAACUGAUUUCCACUAGUGACUUAAUCUCCUCAGGACAUCCAAAGAUCUAUCAGCUGAAAACAGAAACAAAGAAGUUUGGAGCUCUGUCCAAAGUGACUUUUGGAGCAAAAGACACUGAGCAGAUUAAUAAAACCAUCUUACUUGUUGGUGAAACGGGGUCAGGAAAAUCCUCUGUGGUCAAUGUUAUCUUCAACCAUGUAAUGGGAGUUCAGUUUGAGGACGGGCUCUGGUUUCAGAUCGUAGACGGACGAGAAGGUGAAACCCCAGAUGUGAUCAUAUAUGAGAUCUGUAGCUUUGAAGGUAGGAUUCUGCCCUAUUCAAUCACCAUCAUUGAUACUCCUGGAUAUGGAAACACCAGAGGAAUCAAGCAUGACGACGUAGUCACUGACAGGAUGCGUGAAUUGUUUGAGACAGAAAACGGUGUUCACGUCCUUCAUGCAGUGGGUCUGGUGAUGAAGGCAACCGACAACAGACUGAGUGACAGAUUGAUGUACAUCUUUGACUCGGUGAUGUCUCUGUUUGGAAACGACAUGCAGAAAAACGUUGUGGCUCUCAUCACUCACUCAAAUGGAAGAACACCUAGAAAUCCUCUUCAAGCUAUUGAAGCUGCAAACCUCAGAUGUGCAAAGAAUGACAACAAUCAACCAGUUUAUUUCUUGUUCAACAACCAGCAGAGUGAAGAUCGCGCAGACGAAGCAGAGUACUGUAAAGCAGCCGAUAGAAUAUCAGAGAAAGGAAUGCGGGAGUUUACGGCCUUUGUUGAAAAUAGUUCAGCUCAGAAGCUGAGAGUAACAACUGAAGUGAUGAACGAACGCAUCAGACUGACAGCCUGCAUCCAGAACCUGCUGGAGAGAAUCAGACAGACUGAACAGAAGCAGACGGAAAUCAAACAGAUUCACGAAGGGCUGAAGACGCGUGAAGAGGAGAUGAAGGGAAAAGAGGUCACUAUACAUGUCGAUGAGCCCUAUGUUACUACAGAACCUAUCAAAGGUGGACACAAGUGGCUCAUCUUCUAUCAAGGAGCUGUGACCUGCCCUGUCUGUGAGGAAAACUGUCACAAAGACGGAUGCACCAAGACCUGGCUCCCUGAGUUCUGUGAGGUGAUGAGAGGAGGCCGCUGCACCGUUUGCUCCAGAAGGUGUCCUGCAUCAGUUCAUGUUAAAGGAAAGUGGAUAUAUGUGAACAAAACAAGGAGAGUUGAGAAGACGAUACAACAGGUGAAACAUGACUGUGAACAUAAAACAAAGUUUGAGAACCAGAAACAUCUUGUGGAAAACCUCGAA